AUGGGCCCCGAAUCAUUGCAGCAACCGUCCUCUCGUCCACCUUCAGUUCCCCCGUCCGUCCCUCCCACAGCUGCCGCACCGACGGUCGUGCCUAUGCCGAUGUCACCUCGAUCUUCGGUUUCGGCUUUGGACCCAGGUGCAUACCAUCCCCCUGCCAGCCUGCCACCUGGCACACCGCAUGCUGCUCCUGUCACACCGGCGCCUGGUGCUGUCCCUCUUUCUCCAGAGGUGCAGGAAAUUGUCGAGCGCUUGGAAGACCUUGCGGACAAGGUGGAGAACGACGAAUUGCGUAGAGAUGAGGAGUAUAGGCAACGCGAAGAGGAACGUGACAGGCGGUUCGCGGAGGCGGAGGAACGGCGCAAGCAAGAGGCUCUCGAGGCGGAGGAGCGUCGAGAACAAGAGAUCCGCGAACGAAUGGAGGCGGCAGUGGCAACUCCCCGUCCGACAUCGCAAACCGGCACUUACACUGGCACGGAGUCAGUGUCGACAUCUCAUGAAGAAGCUCUGCCUACUCAACCGCGUCUUGAUCCAUCGACCGCCGAAACGAGCAGUCCUGCCCAUACCAUCCCUCCUCCACUACCUCCUGCUGGGGACGGUGAAAGUGUGGUAUCUCAUUCGACAGGACACGAUAUCGCCCCAGGCCAAGUCUCCUCUUUGCGCGAACUCUUCCGCGAGGAGCGCGACGCAUGGUUUGCGGAACAUAGGCAGGCGUUGGAGGAUCAAAAGCGCGAACGCGAAGAGUUCGAUGCCGAACGUGCUCGACAAGCCGAAGAGCGCGAGGCGCGGAUCCGCGCGCUCGAGGAGGAGCUGGCGGCGGUGAAAGACGAACUACGGCAGGAGAAGGAAGCGCGGGAAGCUGAUAUCCGUGAGCGUGAAGAGCAGGAGAGCGAAGAACGGAGGAGCCGCGAGGAUGCUGUUAUUGCUCAGCUCAACGACAUCACCAACCUCAUUCAAGGCCAGCAGCAGACGCAGGAAGAUACGAAGGGCAUGUUGACCGACCUGCGCGCGAAGAACGAGGAGUUCUUUGACCAGACUGAGCAGAGGAGCAUGGAGUUCCGGGACCAGAUUGAGGAACUGGGAGGAAAGAUUGACGACGACAGACAGAAAGCCCAAAACGAUAGGAACGACAUUCUUAACGAGAUCACUAACCAGCGUAAUGAGCUCAUCGAAGUCCUGCGCCAUCUCUUUGAUGAAUUCCGUGCCGACGCGGACAGGCAGCAUGAGACGACCAUCGAAGCAGUCAAGCAGAUGGCCCAAGAGCAGGUGCCCUUCAACGUCCAAGGGUACUUGGACGAGUUCAGUCGGGCGCUCGCCUCCGAGGUACGCAUGCUCCUGGGCGAAGUGGGCAAGUUGCGCGAGGAGCGUCGCGGAUUGCAACACGAGAUCAGUUUCCUGCUCGGCGUCAAGUCGAAGUACAUCCCAGGAGGGGAGUUCGAGCCGGAUUGGAAGGGUCCUGUCGGCGCGCCGGGCAUGCCGCCUACGGGUCCACCGCCCGACGCUGGUCCUCCACCGCCGCCGCCUGAAGUGCAUGCCGCGCGCCCGGCGUGGCGUACGGUGAGCACGCGCACGAGCAAGAAGAAAAAGAAGGACCAGAUGCCGCAGGCGCCGCCAGUGGCGCAGCCUGACCCGAGGCAGCAAGUACGCUCGUGGGCGACGUGGCAACCGGAUCCCAACCUCGCGCCGUCGCCGUCGAGCUUCGACAACCCAACCCUCGCCGCACCGGCUGAGAGCCCUGGUCUCUUCGGCCCUCGCUCGCCGCGCAGCUCGAGGCACUUGGGCUAG